CCGGGUCGAGAUUCGCGAGGUUUGUCCAUAUUCAGUUGCCUUACUAUUCUACGUUUCCGUCUGUGUUCAAAAUGGCGGCGGCCGAGGUAGACGGCGACCUUGUGGACUGCGAUUUACCCAGAGCUACACAACUACUGAACAGUCUCACAGAGCAGGUUGCGUCAGUGACGAGCCAUGUACAAGGUUUGAUAAAGAGAGUUGAAGAUGGAUCAUACCACACCUGCAAGGGUCUGUCAUUUCUGGACCUACGCUAUCAGUUGCUGCUGUUUUACAUUCAAGACAUCACACACCUGAUCAGCAUCAAGUCAGAGGGCAGGAGCUUGAAAGAAAAUGGUGCCCUCUACAGGCUGGUCACUGUCAGAACAAUCCUGGAGAAGAUGCGUCCUCUGGAUCAGAAGUUGAGGUACCAGAUUGACAAGCUGGUACGCACAGCACUGACUGGGAGUUUAGCUGAAAAUGAUCCACUGCAGUUCCAUCCCAACCCUGAUAAUCUUGUCAGCAAGCUCAGUGAAUCCGAGGACUCAGAGGAUGAAGGAGAAAAUACAGCAAAUGUUUCUGGGAAAAAUGAAUCCUCAGGUGCUACCAGAAAGUAUGUACCACCUAGGAUUGCACCAAUGCAUUAUGAGGGAGACAUGACUGAGGCGGACCGGCAGAAGGACAGGGCAGACAAGCUGAGACGUGCCGCGCUGCGCAGCUCUCUGAUCCAGGAGCUCCGGCAGCAGUACAGCGACGCGCCCGAGGAGAUCCGAGACCGGAGGGACUUCCAGACGGAGCGCGAGAGUCGCGAGGAGCUGCACAGGAAGGAAUAUGAGGAGUCCAUGAUGGUGCGUCUGGCCGUGCCUCGCCGAGAGAAAAGUAAGCGGAAGCGAGGCAUGCUGGGAAUGUCAUCUCAGUUGAGCAGCAUCACACGAUUUGGUGACAUCACAGCCCUGACUGGAGGAGAAGGACAGGAUGUUGAUAACCCUCAGCCUAAGAAAAAGAAGAAGAAACUAAUGAAGAAGAAAACAAAAAAGAGAGCUUUCAAGAAGCAUCGGUAGAGGACAGAGCACAAGGGUCUUAAGAUGGCAGAGGGUUGUUCCCCAAAACGACUCAAUGCAUCAAAUCCAGUCUGUUUGCAAUGUAUCACACAUGGCUUCCCAUUAAAUUUCUUUAACUUUUAAA